AGCAUCAGAAGGCGGUCUCCAGCCCCAUUCACUGCGAGAGAAGCGGAGGGGUCGAGAUGGAGGGCGAUAUCUGAGGGUUGCCGGUCUUGGUGAUUUCUACCGCGCACUCCAUCGGUUUGUUCCGGUGACGUACUCCGCAGCAGCUGUCUUUGGUGAUAUGCAGUUUUCUAGAUCUGUCAGUGCUCGAUCUUUGGUGCCCACCGGCCCGACCCCUUCAACUGCUUUUCUCGUUCUGCUUAUCGCUGGCCAUCUAGUGCUAGCAGGUAUUGCUUUUUGAUUUUUUUCCUUUUUAUGAUUUUUGGCCAGCUGCUCUGAAUUUGUCAUGCGACCCGCAUUAGCAUGUCUUGGGUGUGCGACCCGAAUUAGCAUGUCUUGGGUGGGUGUUGUGGGUAUAUUGUAUGAAAUACAGUAUCAUUUUUUAUACGAAAUGGUGAUGGUUUGUGUCUGUGGGGGUAGGGUGCUGGCUUCUAAAUUAUUUUAUGAUUUCUGUUAUGUUGUAGCUUUAGUACUUUAUUAUAAGAUGGACAUCUGAUUGUUGCCUCGUGUGGCAUUAGUUGAACUCCUCCUAUGUCUAGCAAGAAUAUUGUUCAUACCUUAUCAUGACUAAUUACAUAGAGAUGUGGUUGUGCUAUAUGCUUCUUGGUUUGUCGGAGCAGAGCUCGUCAAACAGUUUGAGAACUUUGACUAAUUUAUCUACGUUUUCCAUAAGAUUUGUUACUAGAGCAAUUUACGUUCAAAUGUUUGAAUAAAAGUUAAUUUUGCUAGGUUUAAGUCAUAAGUAGUAGUAUUCUGUUUGAUUUGGUUUCAAAAAUCAAAUCUAUUACUCCACAUCUUCAGUUCUGGUAUUUUUUUAAUUCAAAUUUAUAGUAUUACUGCAGCUGUAUCAACUUUCAUGGUGUACCUAAUAUUGGACACAUGUACUCAAGUAUAUCUCUUUUUAACUUUUUUUUUGGCUUUCGUGAUGCUCUUAUCAUAAUUUAUAUGCUCUCGUUGAUUUUUUAAUCUUAUGUAAUAACAUUAAUAUUUGCUCUCGUGAUAGCGGGUGUAAACUUUUCUGCAAACUGUUUUUUUCUUCUAAGUUUUCUUCCUUGGGGGAUUGACUGGAGUAUUUGCUGCCAUAUUGAUUUGUAGCAUAUCAGCUAGUUUCAACCAAAAAAAGUUAUAUCAUAAUUUAGCUCCAUUUCUUCUCUACACAGGAUCAUAGUUGUCUUCUUGACAGUAGUAUCAUCUUCUUUUUUCAGUCAACAUGCCAUUUGAAUUGUUUGUAGUGUUAAAUGCAAAAAGAAAUUCCUGCUAUUCUCUCUCUCCCUCUCUCUCUCUCUUUUCGAUUGCUAUUAUAGUUUCUGCAUGCCAUUCUGUCCUAACUAAUUUAGUCAUAUGUGAUCUCACCAUAUUUGAAUUAUUUGCCAUGUAAGUGUUUUGAGUUUACACUAUUUUUUUGGCACGAGUAAUAUGUGAACUCAUCUGAUAGAAAUGUUAUAGUUUCUACUUUUUUGUUAAGGGUAACAUGAUGCAAGAUGUUGUAGAAGUAGAACUAGUGAGGUCACAUGGCAGUAACCAAAAGGUCAAGCAGUACCAUCGUAGAGUGAACAUCUAGUAUUAUAGUCUCUAGCUAAAGUUUAUUGUUAUUUUUUGUCUUAACUGUAAGUCAAAUUAUAUACCAUACUUUUUUUCUUAAUUAGUGGCAAGUUGUUUUACCUAGCAUUUUGUUUAAUACAGCACCACCAUCUCAGAGCUUGCUUCAUUCUUUUUCUUAUUAUGUAGUUGCUGCUUCUACAAUCGUAACUAUUGCUCAAGUGCCAUUAUCAAGAUGAGUCAACGAGGACACGGAGAUAGCUAUGAUGAUGUGCAAGAUGAGCCCGAAGAAUUAGUUGAAUCUGAAAGCGAAACUGAUGAUGAAAAUUAUGAGCCCCCUGAAAAUGACAAACCACACAAUCAAAGCUUUAGCGAGGGGUACCUGGGUUCACUUGAUGAUGAUGCACUUUUUGAUAUGCUAAAGAAAUCAGUUUGCAUUUCAUUAAGACACUUGAUAUCUGAAGCAGCUCGUUGUGAGGGUACCAGCUCCAGUCUUCCAUCUGGUGUUGGAAAAGCAACCCAUCCUAACAGUCGUGGUGCUGCUCCGAAGGCUACCACAAGGCUUAAUGUUUCCUAUUUCUCUGAGGUUCUUGAUUCACUAAACAAAAAAAAGCGUGGUGUUAUUGAAUCUUAUGGAUUUGGAUCACUUCUGCAUUUUGAUAAGUGUGCAAUACCCAUUCCGUUUGCUCGCUGGGUGGUAGAUCAUAUUUCUGUCAGUAGUGGGGACAUUGUCUUGAAGAACAAGUCCAUCCCUAUCACCCCACAAACUGUUCAUGAUGUUCUAGGCAUUCCUAUUGGUGGGAAAACAAUCUCAAAAGCAAGUCAAGAGUGUGGAAAGUUUGCAUUCCUAAGGUGUAUGAACAUGUCUAACCUGCCAUCUGUGAAUGUUUGCCGUGAGAAUCUGCUGAAAAGAACAUUUCUGAUGAUGACCUUGUUCGUAAUUUUCUCAUUGUUGCUCUAGCUACCUUUCUAUGCCCAAACUCUUGUGUUUUCCCUAGCACAGAGUACCUUAAACCUCUUGUUGAUAUUAAGAGAGCACAAGAAUGGGACUGGUGCAAAUUUGUGCAUUACUGGAUGUUCAAGCACAUUAAGUUGUACAACCAAAGGCUUAAGAAGGGGGAGGACAAGGCCUCCACCACUAUGGGAGAAUGUUUGUAUAUCGUUUGUGUUGUGUAUCUUGACUUCUUAAACACUGGCCUGCAACAGUUACCCCCUAGCCUACCAUGCAUUUCUGUUUGGAAAGGGGACAUGAUCAAACAAAGAUUUUACCUCUCAAAUCAACUUGCUAUUACAAACAAUCUGGGUCAACAACACCAUCCCCUACUUGUGUUAGAUGGUGCAACUUUUAAGAAGACAUUGUCACAAUCUGUUCAUGGGACUAUGUCUCCUAAGACGCUCAAUGAUGUAACUGAAAUUUAUAUGAAACAUUCAGCUGGGCACAAUGAGCCUGCUUCAGAAACUGCUCAAAAUAUUAUUGUGGAUGUCAUCAAUUAUUUUUUUCAGCGAGCUCAGAAUGAUAAGAGAUCUACUAGCAGCAAUGUGGAUGAUAAGUCCUGUGAAGCGGACACAAAAAAUGAUAAGAGAUCUACUAGCAGCAAAAAAUGUCAUGUUGGUGCUGGUUCUCAAGCAAAGAAGAGGAGUUUAUCCGCAUCCUCUACAAGUGCUAACAAUGAAUAUGGCCGUUCUACGAUUGCUGAACGCACGCUGUCCCGCCGUGCAUCAUUUUCACCAGAAUCAGUAACUCACGCUCCAGAUAAACCUAGAUUUCUCGAUAAUCCAGAGUCAAUAUUGAGGAAAAAUAAUGCGAAGCGUUUGGCUUCACGUUUGCGCCCAAAAGCUGACAACAUUUUGGAGGGUAAUGCUCUUUCUGAUGAUGACGAUUUUAUUAUUUGUGGGGAGCAUUCUUCGCAACAGGCGUGCUUCAAUUCGCUGCCUUCAUUGCGGGGGGAUGGGCCUUCUGAACACCCUUGUGGUUAAGUUCGUGCAGCAAUGGGACAUCCAGAACCUUUUUAAGCUUGAUUAUGUUUCCAUAGGAAAUCAAGAAUGCUGGAUGUUCUACUACAGAGACUUUUUGGGUCUUGUGGGGUAAUCCUGUUUGUGCUGCUUGCGGGGCAUCUGCCUUUCGAGGAUGACAACAUUGCAUCCCUUUAAAAAAAGAUUGCCAAAUUGUUGGCCAUUAGCACCACAAGAUUCAACUGAUUCUUUAGCUGCUCCACCAGUACCAGUUUUUGCAUGAUUCAACCCAAGUUGUUCAUUCAGCACACUGAGCGAGGAUCAAAAUCAUCUUCUGCUGUUAGAAGAUGUGUAAGUGAUCCAACAUGAGCCUUUCAUAAUGAACAAAGAACAUUGAACAGAUGCCAACCUGUCAACCCCACAGUUCAUGCCAUCAAACAAUCCCUGCAAGUGUUUUUUUCCAAACAAUUACUGAGGAUUGGAUCUUAAAGUCAAAAGCAACAAAAAAGCAGUGGAUCUUAGGGGACAACAGGAUUUUACCUCCAUCAUUGCAGCCUGGGUACUGUUGCUAUUGUCUUGUGCCCAGAUCCUCUCCAUCCGGUGCCUUCUCUUGCUUUUGGGGAGGGGAUCCUCCUCCAUGAGCUCCACGUGAUAGGAAGAAGAAAAGGUUGGGGUGGAGCCGUGGAGGGAAGGAGGUGGCGACGAACAGAUCUGUUAUCUUCUUUUUUUCCUUUUCCUUGUGCUGUUUUUUUUUGUAAGGAAACGAUAGGUUUUUGACUUGUAAUAUAGACAGGCGUGGGGGGCUCCAAGCCUUUUUUUGGCGGGCUUCACGAAAAAAACUCCCGCCAGGCCUUUUUUCUGUUUUUAUUUGUUUUACAUCUGUAAAUAAAUUGUUGGGCCUCUUCUGUUUUUGUGCUAAUGGGCCUCGAAACAAUUUUAAAUGACAGCAACAAAAAAAAGUUGUAACUU